CUCCAGCGGCGUCCUCCCCGGCUCCUUCCCUCCCUCAUCCGGGUCCUGGGCGAGCGGGCGCCGUGCGCGUGUCCCGCGGCCGAGCUGCUAAUAAAGUUGCACUGAGGGGAAGCGCAGCGACGGCGCCCGGGGAGUGCGUCCAGCCGGCGGCUGCUGCUAUUACGUGGAGUUUGGAGCCUAAGCUUUGAAAACUCCCAUGUGGCGCCUGUCUUAAGUUGGAGCAUGCUCAGUAGCCAAAAACAGAUUUCGGUUGCAAAAAGAACUGGGGCGAGGAUAGCCCGGGUAUUUGGACGUGUGCCCGAUUCCUAACAAAAUGUUCCAAUUCUGGUUUUGAUGGCAUUGGAGAAUGGAGCUGUAGGCCAUCCUGGAGCUAUUUUUUCCCCUCUGCGGUGAACCCUGAGAUUACAAGAAUACGGAACAACUCAUAAGAGGCAAUUUAACAAAAUUUAAACUUCACAAAGGUGGUAUAUAAUUACAAGAAUACGGAACAACUCAGACAAUUUAACAGAAUUUAAACUUCACAAAGGACUUGAACCAAUGAAAGAAUCUUAUGGCACUUAUGAAGAUAAAUGUCACUCCUCCCUUUUUAAUUGGAACUUCUGCUUAGAACCUGUAUGUGACUUUUCAUCUGUGAGCUGUUCUUUGAGUAGCCACUGACUUUGAGUUGCAGGAAGGUCUCUGAAGAUUUAUAUCAAAUGACGUCAAUGGCCAGCUUGUUUUCCUUUACUAGUCCAGCAGUAAAGCGAUUGUUGGGCUGGAAGCAAGGUGAUGAAGAGGAGAAAUGGGCAGAAAAGGCAGUCGAUGCUUUGGUGAAAAAGCUAAAAAAGAAAAAGGGUGCCAUGGAAGAACUGGAGAAAGCCUUGAGCAGUCCAGGACAGCCGAGCAAAUGUGUCACUAUUCCCAGAUCUUUAGAUGGACGCCUGCAGGUUUCCCACAGAAAAGGCUUACCCCAUGUUAUAUAUUGUCGUGUUUGGCGCUGGCCUGAUUUGCAGAGUCAUCAUGAGCUAAAGCCAUUGGAUAUUUGUGAAUUUCCUUUUGGAUCUAAGCAGAAAGAAGUUUGUAUCAACCCAUACCACUAUAAGAGAGUGGAGAGUCCAGUCUUACCUCCAGUAUUAGUGCCUCGUCACAAUGAAUUCAAUCCACAGCACAGCCUUUUGGUUCAGUUUAGAAACCUGAGCCACAACGAGCCACACAUGCCACAAAAUGCAACGUUUCCAGAUUCUUUCCACCAGCCCAACAACACUCCUUUUCCCUUAUCUCCAAAUAGCCCUUAUCCCCCUUCCCCUGCUAGCAGCACAUAUCCCAAUUCCCCAGCAAGUUCUGGACCAGGAAGUCCAUUUCAGCUCCCAGCUGAUACUCCUCCUCCUGCCUAUAUGCCACCAGAUGAUCAAAUGGGUCAAGAUAAUUCCCAGCCAAUGGAUACAAGCAAUAAUAUGAUUCCUCAGAUUAUGCCCAGUAUAUCCAGCAGAGACGUUCAGCCCGUUGCCUAUGAAGAGCCGAAACAUUGGUGUUCAAUUGUCUACUAUGAAUUAAACAAUCGUGUUGGGGAGGCUUUUCAUGCAUCUUCUACUAGCGUGUUAGUAGAUGGAUUUACAGACCCUUCGAAUAACAAAAGUAGAUUCUGCUUGGGGUUGUUGUCAAAUGUUAAUCGUAAUUCAACAAUUGAAAACACUAGGCGACAUAUCGGAAAAGGUGUUCACCUGUACUAUGUUGGUGGAGAAGUGUAUGCAGAGUGCCUCAGUGACAGCAGCAUAUUUGUUCAGAGUAGGAACUGCAACUUUCAUCAUGGCUUUCAUCCUACCACUGUCUGUAAGAUUCCCAGCAGUUGCAGCCUCAAAAUUUUUAACAACCAAGAGUUUGCUCAGCUUCUGGCUCAAUCUGUCAACCAUGGAUUUGAGGCAGUGUAUGAGCUCACCAAAAUGUGUACCAUUCGAAUGAGUUUUGUCAAGGGCUGGGGAGCAGAAUAUCACCGGCAGGAUGUUACCAGCACCCCCUGUUGGAUUGAGAUUCAUCUUCAUGGGCCUCUUCAGUGGCUGGAUAAAGUCCUGACUCAGAUGGGCUCCCCUCUGAACCCCAUAUCUUCCGUCUCAUAGUGCAGAAGUAGUCUUUUCAAUUAUAUUACUAGUGGACUUGUUUUAAUUUUAGGGAAACUUUCAGUACAGAUACUGUGAGCUUACAUGGAAAACAGAUAUUACAGCUUAUUUUUUUUCUACAUAAUUGUGACCAAUACAUUUGUAUUUUGUGAUGAAUCUACAUUUGUUUGUUAUUCAUGUUCAUGUGAUUAACUCUCAAAAAUGUUGUGAGAAAUGCAAAGUAAGUGUUGUACUCCAGUUCACAAGUUUGGCAUUGAUCUUAAACUGGGACAUAAUUUUGCCUUCUUGUCCCAACCAACUUGUUAUUCAGUUUUUUUGAAAAAGUAAUACAUCACGUGAUGACAGAUUAUAACAGUGUAAGAAGGUGUGCUGUGAAAAGUCUUCCCUUCUUCUCUUAACCCUACAGAAGAUCUACUUUUACCAGUUUCUUUGUCCUACCAAUGUGAAGAAAGUGUAAUUCAUUGUUUUGUAAAAGCAUAUGGUAGGGCUGAAAAGAAACUGUAAGAAAAACCACCCUUUUAUUUGAAGGAACACUAUGCACUGCUCUAACAAGUAGUGUUCAGUAAAAGCAAAGUGAUAGUUUUCUAGGUCAUGUCAUAAAAUUUACAUUUAAUACAGCUAAAUGUUUGUCAGUCUGUUGUGACUUCACUCAGUAUAUCUUUUGUAAAACAUUUCCUUUUUUAAAAAAAAAAAUUAUUGUAAACAACAGAUCUCCAGUAUAUGUCAUUUACUCAGAAUCUGUCGUAAGUACUACUUUAUAGUUAGUGACAGUGCACGCACGGCCUUGUUCAGCUUUGCUGCUUUUGGCCAAUGUUGCAAGAACUCUAAUUUUGACAUGCAUUAAUCUUUCAUUUUGCACUUUGAUGCGUGACAGUUUCUAGUGUAAUCUUUUGUGAAACACACUCAAGUGACUUGGACUUGGAUGCUUAUCCUUACUUCCUUGGUACCCUUUUGUAUUAACAAACACUGCAGUUUAUAGAUUACAGUUGUAGGAAGUUAUACUUUUUCUAGCUUUUGUUGUAUUUUCAACCUAGAUUAUAGGACUGUUAUUCUAUAGCUCCAACUUAAGGUGCCUUUUUAAGUCCCUACCGCUUUAUGGGUGUUACUCAUGUUGGAAAAUCUCAUACUUAAUCCCACUGCUCUUACUGGUGUCAGUUGCCCUGAGCAAGGGACGGACCUGUGUGCUGUAGCCCGAAGAGCCUCUUCAGUUUGGCCCCAAGUUGAGGCUGCUGGGCUGGUACUUGAAUGAAUAAGUAGUGGUUGUGGAGAUAGUUGACUUUAAAAUAUUCACGUAUCACAGACUGCAGACUGUUCUCUCAGUUACCAUACAUGCUGGGUUUUUUCCCUUUUUUUUUUUUUUUUUUGCACCUCUGUGGUUGCUAGUCUCUCAGAACACAGUCUUCAAGAGAGGAAAGACACAAAUACUCUGAAAUACCAGUUCAGUCAUGCUGGAAGGCUUUGGGUAAAGAACUUUUAACCUCUUUUUCUAGAGAGCAGUCAGAUGGACACUUUGUUAUGGCAUGAGAACAGAGAUGUUAUUUUGAAGGAAAAAAAUGACCUAAUUUACCUAUUGGAGAAAGCUAUUUUCUGGUGCCUUUUGAAAGUAUAUGGAGCCAUGUCAGUCUUCUAUUUAAAAUGUUAGUUUGGUUUGACUUUCUACUUUGCCCUUUCUGCUUUUAAGAGAAGAAAAAAAAUGCAUUUUUUGAGGAAAGGAGAAUGCAGUUGGUUUUGUUCUCUGUGCCAUUAUUUAUUGCUUUUACAAAGUGCAGCCAGUGGGUGGCUUUAGUUCUUUCAGGUAAACGAGCCAUAUGUGUUUCAGCCUGCAGUUCUUUGCUGGGUAAAAGGAUCCUUUCUGACCCUCGCCUGAGUUACACAUAAGUUUUACACAACAUGCAUUCUUCAUCUUCCAGGGUUGUGUCAGCCACAUGAAAGAGAAUUAUUUGCUUCAUGUUCAAACCUAGCUACUUACAUUAUUCUUUUACUUACCAGGUUUAUGGCACAAUCUUUGGAACAAAUUUAUAGGAAGAAAAACCAUCCAGGUUGAAUGACAGAUACACGUAAUCAACUUCAGUGGGCUUGAACUGGUGGAAGCUAUUGAAUUGUUUUAUUGAUGUUUUCAAUUGAGUUAAUUAAAAAUUGUUUUUAUUCAUGUUACAGCCUUUAGAAAGUUGGCAGAGUUUUAUGUGAUUAGCCUUUUCUGUUUUCCCUAAGGAAUUUUAUCUCAUGAAGGGCAGUAUUGAAGCUCUUAACUGUUAAAAGUUUAAUGGAAAGGUGUAAGUAAGCCUGUUGUAUUUCCUAAAAGUGAUUAACUCCCCAUCGCCUGGAUUUUAAGUGAAAAUUGUAUUCAGUGUAGCUGUUUCUCUAAUUCCCGAGGGUGCCCAAAAUCCAUGGAUGAGAAAUAAAAAAUUGCCAGUGACCAAUGAAAAGAAGACACUUCUGAAAGAAACCUUUUCAGAAAAUUACAGUUUUAAAUUUUUAUUUAAUCUCUAGAAUGGCUUAUAGUCAAAUUUAUGGAAACAUCAACACCACUGGAACAAUCACGUUUUAUAGCUUGUGUAAUAUAUUAACAUAUGUGAGCUGAAAAGACUAGAGUCUGGAAAUAAUAAAAUGACAACUGGUUUGGUAAAUGCAAAAAGAGAAAUAGAAUCAAAAUCUGAGUAAUGAAUUAAUGCAACAGAAAGAUGAUUGGGAAAAAAAUUUAAGAGUUGCAUUUGAUCAGCAUCUCUAUAAUAAAGUAUUAUGGUCUUUUAGGUAUUGCUUGGCUUAAGUUAUGGAAUGUCAACUAGUAGGCAUGUUCUUGAUCUACUGAAGCUAACACUUUUUCCUUAGCGAUUAAAGAAGACAUCAAUCAAAAUGUCAAGUCAUAUACAUCAGAAUAUAAGUCAUUUUUCACAUUUUAUUGUUACGUGAGGAAACUGUGGUAAUAGAAUUGGCUGGGUUUCUGAGUUGAAAUCCACAGUAAGAUUACUAGGUAGUUCAGUGAGCUAUAUAUCUCAUAAUACAGAAAGAGGAUAUAGCUACUUUAUACUUUUCAUAACAUUUGAGAGUAAGACAUCCUUUUAAGAUGUAAAAUGAUCAAUAAGUGUUUGGAUCUGAAAUCUCUUGUCAAGAUGAGAACUGGGGCUCACAUAAAACCCUUAAGGGUACCUGUGGGAAACAGUCCUCCUGUAAUAGUAUUCUGUUGAAGGAGAAGGUUUAUACAAAAAAUAAAAUCCUACCAGUAGCAGAGAACCUCCAAAAAGUCUGAUAGUACCUGUUUAAGUACUGUCUGUUACAGAGAGCAUCUAAUACAUCAGCUUAGAUCCAUUUCUUUAUACUCUUUGUAGUUGCUUGCUCAGUAUUACUUUGGAUUGUUAUCACUUUCCCACUUAAAAUAUUUUGGUAUCUUUCAUACUUAUUGAAGAAGGAAGGCUCUUCUGAUAAUUUUGAAUUCAACUUCCGGUGAUGACUUCAGUUUUAGAUCUGUUAACUUCAGGGGGUCUGAGCCCUUCUUUGUCUUACUAGUUAAAUCCUCACUCCCUCUCUCAGAUAGGAAUAUAGAUGUGUGUCCUCAUUAUAGCAAGGAGCUAGAUAAGCAAGGAUCUUUUAAAGUAGUAGAUAGCAUGGUGGUUUCAGGCAUGUUUGGUGAUUUUUGUGGGAGGGAGUUUUCCUGAACAUUGGUUUAUGGGUGGUCUCUUGAGAUACUAAGCAGGGCAGCUUCCUGGGGGUAAUCUCAGGCUUGAGGCCUGUUUCCUCCAGAGCAGCACCCAUUUUCCCAGGUGAUACCGGUGGGAUUUGGGGGAGAUUUUCUCCUCACAGCAGAUGCAUAUAUGGGAAGUGACAAUUCAAGGCCUUUCUUCUGCAUAAACAGUGGUGCCUGCUGGACUUAGGAGAGGUGACAGUAUUUAUCCAGCCUUUGUUCUGUUCCAUUAUUCCUAAUAGAAGCUUCUCUUCUAAAAUACAACUGUGUUAUAACUGAAGUGUUAACCUGAAAUUGGAUGGUUUACAAAAACCAAUGAGAGGGAGUUUAGAUAGCAAAAAAAUUUUUUUUUCAAAUAAGAGCUUAUGAUACAAUACUUGAUGGUAGCAGUUGCUGUAAAACAAGUGAUGGGAUAUUUUGGUGAAAAGAUGCAAGCGCAGGAUUCUUCUGUCAUUCAUGGCAGAGUGAAAAAGAUCUGUGUGGUUCUUGUCCCAAUAAUUCAAUUCUGAAAAUUCUUGGAAUCAUCAUAAAACCAUUGUCCUUUAAGGAUUCAUUUGAAGAUCGUGUUCUUAAAAAGUUGAGAAUUUUGUGUGCGGGUAGGUUCUUUUCCCUCAGUAACUAGUGCCUUGUUGAUACGAGCUGGUAUUGACUAUAAUAAAGCUACAGUGAGGCCAAACAAUUCCACGUUCCUUACUUUUAUAAGGAAUUUUUUAGAAUCGGAUUUUCCCUUCUCAUGUCGUUGGAGAUGAUGUUGCUUUGAUUUAUUCAUGAAGUAUUUUAUGUGUAGGGACUCUUGAAGAUAAUAGUUGGGCAAGUGAUUUUCUUCUUAAUCUGGUGGGUUAAAAUUGCAUUUUGAAAAUCACUUAUUUUAAAAUUGGAUAGGAUUGUAAUCAAGAAAACUGGAUUGUUUGUAUGUACCUGCCCACCUUCCCUUAAAAAGGUUUUGCAUAUGCAGAUGAUAAAGACCAAACCAAUGGCUGCACUAUAGAUCUGCUUCUUAUUUGUACUUGUUCUGCUUCCGUUUUUGUUGUAGAAAAUGAAAUUCUAGCAACAUGUUUCAAUUCUGUUGCCUUUUUGAUACUUAUAAAAAUGUAUUAGGUUUUACUAUAUUGUGCUUUUCAAAGCCAUAACUCUUAAGAACUUUGUUUUUGCAUAUCGUUUGCUAAUACUUUAUUUUAAUAAAUCUCGAAACCUGCUUAA